AAAAAAAGAAGUUAAGGAAUAGAUGGCGUGUGAAAUAAUUUUUGAUAAGAUAGUGCAAGUGAACCCUUUCUUCAACUUAGAGCUAGUUUGAAGGGUCGCACAACAUUUGAAUAUGAUAAGUCAAACGUCAGAGGAAUUUAUCAUGACUGCACCAACAAAUACAACAAAAAUAUCAAAUCAAGACUUGAAACCACAGAAGUUAAACGCUAGAACAUUUGAUUUUCUUUGGUGGCGUGAUUCACGACGUAAGAACGUAUUAAAAAAGGAAGGGAACCAAAAGAAAAAAGAAGAUUUGAUAGAAGUAAAAAUCAUUGAAAGUAAAGCAAAAAAUACAUUUUUUCAUAAAACAUCUUUCGAUUUUUUUAAGAAUAUUAAGAAACAUAUGCAAAUCAAAAAGUUGACACAUAAAUCAAAGCAAAGAACGAAAGAAGUUGAAACAUCUAGCCUACAAAAUGAUACGAAUUAUGAUCCAUCAGCAAUUCAAAACAAUAAAUCUACAAUUUCUAUAGAAGAAAAUAAUGUAUCUGAAUUAAAAUGUGAAAACAUUGUUAAAAAUUCAGAUAUUCUAAACAGCAAUGAAACUUUAACAGAUAUGGAUAUAGAAAUAUCACAAAAUCAACAUACUUCAGAAGAUUUAAAUAAAAUUAUAAAAGAUUAUAGAAAUAUUGAAAAAUUAGAAGAUAUUAAUGAACAAAUUACUAAUAAGUUCCAAACAGAUAUUAAUCAUGAAAAUAUUUCUAACAUAUUUCGAUCAUGCUCCAAUAAUAAAAUAGAACAAUUAGAAUCGAGAACAAUAAUAGAAAAUAAUGCAAUAACACAUCAAGUUGAAAGAAUUAUAGAAAGUACAGAAAUUAAUAAAAAUAAUGAUAAUAAAAUAAAAGCAAGUCUUACAGAAGAGUUGCUUAAAUUAAGUAAUUAUGGAUGGUAUUGGGGUCCAAUAUCAGGAAAUGAAGCUGAUGCCAAACUUUUAUCUGAACCAGAUGGUGCAUUUUUAGUAAGGGAUUCUUCAGAUGACAGAUAUGUCCUAACACUUAGCUUUAAAUCAUCUGGCAAGUUACUUCAUGCUCGUAUGGAACAUAGUGGUGGUUUAUUUUCUUUAUGCAACCAAAGUGAAAGCGAAGGAUUUAGUUCAGUAGCUGAUUUAAUUGAUUAUUCAAUGAAUUUUAGUCAGUCUGCAGUCUUUUGCUAUUCACGACCUAAGUAUCCUGGUCAUCCAUCUUUUCCAGUUAGAUUAACAAAGCCAGUAAGCAGAUUUACCCAAGUUCGAAGUUUGCAAUAUCUUUGUCGUUUUGUUAUACGUCAAAAUACUAGAUUAGAUAAUAUUCAUAAGUUGCCUUUACCAAAAACAAUCAAAGGUUAUAUUGAAGAAGCACACUAUUAAUAUUGGUUUUUUAAAAAAUAUUUGUUAUAGUAUAAAAUAUACUAUAAUAUUGAAAACAUUUAAAUCUUUAAACAUUUUAUCUUUUAUAUUUUAAACCAAUAUUUUUUUCAAAGAAAUCUAUUUCUAAAAAAAUGAUAAGAUUAGAUAUGAUUAUCUUUUUAUAAAAAUUGAGAUUUUCAUUUUUAAAGUUAUCAAAAUAUUUUCAAUUUUAUGAAAAUUGAUUAAUAUAUUACAUGUAAUUAUAUCACCAUCAAUGAUAAUGAACAAUAUGUAAAUGAUAGUUUAUAGUAAAUAAUCUCUUGCAUUAUUUCAUCAUAAACUAUAUAUAAUUAUUAUAUAUUUUAAUGUAAUUCAAAGUUUAAACAAUUCAUAAAGUACUUGGCUGUGUGGUGUGUUUGUAAAUACAUUUUUUAUAGUAAAAUAUCUCCUGCUCAAUUGAAUAGUAAGAAUGAAAAUUAAUCUCUUGUUCAAUGGAGAUUUAAUAUAAUUUUGUAUAAAAUAUAAAAAUAUAUUAUUUUAAUUAUGACAAUAUUGCAGGGUAAUUGUUAAAUAUUAUUAAAUCUAUAUUUCUAACAGUUUAUAUCUUUCUAUCAUGCAUAGAAAUAAAUUGCAUAUAUUAAAUUCAGUCUCAAAUGUACAGAUCUUCUUAAAAUAUGAUAUCAAAAUAAAUUAGCCAUGAUUAUUAAUUCUUUUUAAUACUUUUUUUUUUUAAUACCAUUACUAAAUAAACUCUGUACAUAAAUUCUUUUGAUAAAUUUUCAUUUGUAACAAAUGAAUUUAUAUUCCAUGUUUUUAUUUUAGUAAUCUAAUAAUAAUUAAUACCAUAAAGUAUUAUAUAAUUAUUUUUUUUUCUACCUAUUCCAAUUCAGUCCAAGUAUAUUGCGUGCCUGUUGAAAAUAAAAAUAUUUAGUACUUUAUUUGGUAUAUAAUUAUUUUAUUUAGAUGAUAUUUUAGAUGAUAUUUUAUUUAGAUGAUAUUUAAAAUUUUAAAUACUUACUGUAACAAAAGCAGCAGUUGCAGCUUCAGUAGCACGAUUUAAGGCUUGAUCUGGUAAAGCCAUAUCAGAAGUUGUUGUUAGAAUCAUUUGAAUUUGUGUAGCAUCUUUAAUUCGUCUAUCCAAAAAAUGCCAAGUUUUUUGAUGAUCUUCACUAUUAUCUUGUAUCAUGUACAAUUCUGUAGUUUUAUAAAUACCUGCUAAUACUAUUCUUCUAGUAUACCAGUUUAUCUAAUUCAAACAAAUUUCAAUAAAACAUUUUGAAGUAUAUUUGAAAAAUAAAAUUAUAUAUAUAAAAAUAAAUAUAUUCUUACAUCAACUGAUCUAUCACCGGCAUAAUAGCAAAUAUCAUCUACUAAAGUAAGUAAAUUAGCUAAUGACAUUGGUACAUUAGGUGGAAGAGACAUGAGAGCUAAAGCUUGUGGCCAUAUUUUUUUAUAAGGAAUCACCAUUCUAAGCCUUGUCUCAACAGCAUUACGUGCUUCUAAUAGUAGUGUUUUUGUUUCUUUAGGACUUUCUUGAUUUGCAAGAGCUUGCUCUUUAAGGAUCUUAUUCAACUCUUUGUUGCAUGUUAAGUAGAAAUACUGAACCAAAUCUGCUCCUCGAUUAGGAAAUAAUCCAUGAAUUAUCCCAGGAUAGCCAAUAGACUCAGCACCUUUGGUAUAUAACUUUUCAUUAAAUAUUUUUAUUUAUUAUCUGCAUUAUAUACUAAUAAUAUGAAAUUAUUGUUUUCAAAUUAAAACUGAAAGCAAUCAGUAAACAUGUUAAUUAGUAAACAUGUAAUAUAUUUAAAAUAUAUUUAUUCACUCAUAUAAAGGCUUGAUUCUGACUCAUCUACUUAACUGAAAAAUUAUUACAAAUUACCAGCACUGAUGGCUUUCUGACUCCAUCCUAGAUCAUGAACAUAUUUUAAAGAUGCCUCAAGAAUUUUUAAUUUGAUAUUUUUCUCGUAUUCUUCUUCACUUUCGUUAUUUUUAUAUUUCUGAUUUGAUUUUUGUGUAUCAUUUUUAACUUGAUCAUUGAAUAAAACUCUAUAAGUCCAUAAACUUCUAAAACCUAUUAAAAUCAAAUUUUUUUAAAUUUUCUUUUCAAGAAGUAUGAUAUCAUAAAACAAUAAAUAAUAGGAUACAGUCAAAAUACAUAAAAUAUAAAUGAGGUAUGAUUUUAUUAAACAGUGAAUGAUAUACACUUUAUAAAUGUACAAUUUUUAUUUUGAAAAUAUUAUGUGAUUAUUAUAAUCACACAUAUAAUUAUUAUAUCAUUUAAAAGAAUUAUUAUCAAUACAUUCAUUGACUCUAAUUAAAAUGCUUUCCAUCACAUCAAGACCAUUUAUUGCUUGAUUACAAAAUGAAAUUUUUUCUGAAAUAGGCAUUGCAGGUAAUUUUUCACCACCAACAUUUAAUAUUAUUUCUGUACCACUUUUUUCUAAUUCUAUAUUUUCAAUUAUUUUAUGAAUUUUCUUUUGUUCUUCUAAAUCUUUUAUUUUUACUUUCCAAUGUGCUCUACAUAAAUCUAAUCCUUCUCUUAAUGGUUUUAAAUAAUCAUUUUGUAGUUUAUUUACUAAGUUCCAAAUACCAGUUUGAUUUUGUUUAUCUUUUAUAAAUAGAAAUCUCAACAAAUUUAAACUUGUAAUUAUUUCAUCAGAUAAUUCCACCAAAUCAGAUGCACUACCAUGAUGUAAUUUACAAGCUAAUUUGAUUAAAGUUUCCAAAUUACUACCAAGAAAAUAUGGUAGAUGAGGUGUUUCCUGAAGACAUUCAAUAAUAGAAGUUUUAACUAUUCCAGUAGUUAAACUAAGUAAACCCGAAUGCUCACUAGUUUGAUAUAAGUGCAAAACAAUAAAAUACCUAGCUUGCAUGUCAAACAUAUCAAUAUAGUUUUGAAAUAUAUUUAAAGCCUUUUUCCUUUCUUUAUUACUAUUGCAAUAAAUCAUUACUUUUGUAAGUACAUUAAACAACUCAAAGUAUACAUUCAAUUCUAAUAAUGGUAAUGUUAAAGAAUAUUUUGUCAUUCUCAUUAAAAGAUGAUCCAUAAAAUUUAAACCUUUUGUAACACUUUCUUGUUCUUGUAGUAAUUUAAUAAUAAAAUAUAUGCAUGCUUGAAAAA